UACCCGGAUUUGAAUACUUCUCUUAUCAUACUAGAUUACUGCAUAAAAAAUGUCUGUACAAGCCAUGUUUUGCAAAGUUAUUUGAAAGAAACUUGUUUUCUUGGCUGUCAGUUAAAGCCCAUGUGGCACCCUAGGCACCCAGUUUCACUUUGUCUCCAAAGGUGCGUGGCACUCUACAUGCUUCUGGUGCCCCUCAACAGAUGGCGCCCUGGUUGGCCGCCUGUAUCACCUAUUGGUUGCCCAGCACUGUCUGGCUGACCAGAUGGAAUAGUACCCUGCUGCAUUGUUUUUUAUAUUUUUUGAUGUUCUUUUGACACCUGCCAAAGUCAAAGGUAAUAAAUUAUCUUAAACAUUGACAGUCAUUCAUUCUUGAUGGUAAGAAAAAUACAAGAAAUGAACACGACAUAUAUAAAUGAUAUGUUGUUGCAUAAUUAAAGAUAAAUAUAAAAUCCUGACUUUUUUGUGUCCAUUUAUGUUAAUUUAUUUUAUAAUUUCACGUGCUGGGAAGCCUGAUAGUCAAAGAAGUGUAAGCCUUCUUCAAACCUAUUUUUACUUAAAUGAACUAAGGGAAUAUCAAUUUUCUAUUUAAUUAUAUUGUUUUCUUGUUCUAGGUUUACACCUUUAGUCAUCCACAACUACAUAGCAAUUGUAUUGAUAAAAACUAGCGGGUCAAGGUGCUGUGUUAGUACUACUGACCUAUAUCCCAUGGCUCAAAUCGCAUGGUUGUCAUAGUGAUGUCAACGUUGGGCGCUUGACCAAGGCCCCUAACCCCCAAUUGUGACAUGGACUUGCUGACCCCGUUUUCUCAAUAGUGUCUGCAAAAUAAAUUAAUAUAACGUCGAUGUCAAUAAAGAAAAGAACAAGACAUUCAAUUGUUAGAUUUUUUGUAAAGUAACAAUUCAAAUGCAAUACUGAUUUAGUAAAAUGUUUGGAGGCUGUGAUGCUAUUUAUUUAGUUAACAGCAUGCAAGAGCUUCUUUCACAACCAAUAGAAAUGUAAAACGCAUAUUUCUUUAUGUUUUAUCUUGGAUAAGCAGUGUCAAUAGAGGAGCACCCCUUGUUUAGUGACGUUCUCCUAACAGGGAGGCGUGCAGACACCUCCCUAACAGCCUCUUCGCAAGACAGCUGGAAGAGAUACUCUUAUCUUUCACCCUCAUGCAAGUUUUUGUGGCGGUCACAUGAUCCAAACUUCAAUCCAGUUUGCCUUUAUGUGUACACAUGUAUUUUUUACAGUCUUCCUGCAUUAGUUAUUACUGGGAUGCAGUAAAUUGAAUGUCAGAAAAAUUUUAAGCUGCGCCCAAAAGCGGCAAUUGGCCUCCAAGAGGACUUCAACAUGCCGACCUACCUCAGGCAGAAGGAUGUUUGGAACUGUGAACUUCUGCUCCGUUACUGGUUUGACGAUUGAAGGAUGCAUGCUGGUGCAGCAUUAGCUCUCUUAAUUCUCUUGGCCUCUUCUGAGGCACUAACCAGCCCGGACUCCUGCCACUGCUCUGUGGUUGGACCCUCUGGACUCUCCCUUGACUGCCGAGCGAAGGGUCUGACAGAUGUACCUCCCGUGCUGCCCAGCACCAAAGAACUCUACCUGCAGGACAACAAGCUGACCACCGUGCAGCCGGGACGGCUGGAUACACUGCACAGCUUAACAGUAGUCAAUCUAUCUGGCAACCCCUGGCACUGUGGCUGUGACAUUCUGUAUCUGAAGGCCUGGCUCGAGGACCAUGGGGAAGUGGCGGGAAUCCCAACAUGUGCCACGCCACCCAAUCUGGCACACAAGUCCAUCACCAAGCUGACUGAGGAAAACCUUCCUGAGUGCAGCCAGCGUCACUGCAAGAGUACCUGGCUGGAUAUUUCUACCAUCCUGCUGUUCUGUGGUCUGGUUACCAUGCUGCUCUGGUGCCUGUGGACGACUAAGAACUCCUCCUUGACAAUUAUCCUUGAUCGGAGACACCAUGGAAUUGUGAGCAAUGUACCGCGAUCCUUCAGGCCAAAAUAUGAAAGAAAACCUAAGUCCCGUUCAAUGGAAGUUGAAUCCACACUUGAGUGGAGGGAUGACCUGCAGAGGCCUCUGGUUAACAUGGAAAUCUUACCUCAAAUCAUUGACUCCUUGCAUAAAAAACAUAAUAUAAAGAUUAAGGUAACAUGAUACAUAGGAUUGAUGCCAUGCAUACAAACGUGACCACGUGUGGCCAGUGGAAGAUGUGGAAGGAUGACAAGUGAUUGUACAUUUCAAAUAGUCUGUUUAUUUCAGUACUCCUUUUUAGACUUUUUAAGGCAAACAUCACUAACAAAAUAUUUUUUUUUUAACUGUAUGCCUUACCACCCUUACAGAUUUUCUUGAUUGCUUUGGCACUUUUCAUGAAAUAUAUUUAAACAUUGCCACGAUUCUCAAAACAAUUCAUGCAGCACAACACUAAGGUUUAGCUGCAAAAGGUCAUAUCUCAGAAAAACAGAAAAAUGGCAAUACAAGAACAAGAAAAUAGCAACAAAAUUAUGUACUGUAGUAAACCAAAAACAAUUCUGUAUCACUAUGGAAUAUAUUUUUGAAUCAUUUUGAAAGUUAAGAGAAAUGCGUCAAAGCAAUAAAAUAAAACAAUACUUUUAUACACCUGAAAUUCCAAAUACUGUUGUCAGGCUACCUGUAUAAUUUUGACACUGCAAAAUUACGUACAUACAGACAUCUUCAAAUUGCUUAUCAUGGUCAGGGGGGCAGGGAGGUUAAGGAGGCCUAUUGCAGACAGCACUGAACAGAGAGCUGAGGUACGCCCUGCCUGCCAGUUUACUGCAGGACAUGCGCACACACUCACACACAUGCACACAUUCAUACAUCGUAGACAGUUUAUGGAUGCAACAUCAUUCCGUGACAUCCAUUUAAAAAUCAUUCAGUUUCAAAAGCUUAUUGAUGUUCGUUGAUAUUUGCAUAAUUUAAAAUGAUAUUUACAUUUUUUUUUUUAAAUAAAGUUUUCAACGAGUUAUCAGAUAAAGCCACUUAUCCUGAUUAUUUGUCUCCAUGAGGAUGUUGCUUCGUGAUAAAAAUAAUAAUAAUACUAUUUAUCAGUAUAAGAGAUUCUCAUAAUGUUACCUUUGGCCGUCAACUGAACUCAUUCCUGAUGUUUUAACAUUACAAUGUAAGGCUUUGUUCCAUGCACCAUUAUUAAAUUAUUAUGCUAAUUGUAAACCUCUGGUUGUCAUACCUAGCGUUCCUUAAUAACUCGAAAGUGUAAACAACAAUUUCCCAGUUGGGACUUCA